AAAGAAAUGCACAUCAAGCUGCCAUGUUUAAUAAACAAAAAAAUAUUGUGAUAUAAAUCUAUAUUUGUGCUCCAAUCUUUAAAAACUAUGUGAGACAAACCAUCUAUUUUUAUUUGUGGUUCUGCUGUGUGGGCUUUGUUCCUGACACAUUUAGCACCUUUUGCUUUAGCUCUCCUCUCUGCAGAGACCCACAGAUCAGUGUCUCAGUCAGUACUGCAUCCUUUGGUGCAACAUGAUCCUGCUGCUUGGUCUGCUUUGUGCUGUCUGGGUCAAACCUGCUUGGAGUCACAAGAAAGAUGGAAGUUUCAGUUUUGAGGGAAACAUUCUGCAGGUUGCAGUGGCCACCAACUCUGUUUACAUCGCUACAGAGGAGAAGCUGUACCAGCUGAGCCAUGACCUGACUCUGCUGCACAGCCUGACCCAGAGAGGGAUCCUGAAGGACGACAAUGGGAUGGGUGAUGCGGAGUUUCAUCGAAUCUCAGAAACGGAUUUGUUAAAUGCAAAGUUUAGUGUCAAUAUUUUAAUUCCAUUUGUUAGGAAUGAUACAGUGGUCAGCUGCGGUGUGACCAACAAUUACUGUGGCUUUUGUGAGAUUCUGGACCUGAAGAACAUCUCUAAGCUGGUUUACAGUGAACACAUCCAGGUGGGACCUCRGAGGAGCAGCAGUGGGUCUGUCAGCUUUCUGGUGGAUGUGAAGGAGGAUUCAGGUCUGACUGAGACUUACAUUCUGACAGCUAUAAAGAACCAUAGAGACAAGACAGAGUGUAGCACUGAUUUAAAGACAAUCAACCUUCACAACACAGAUCACAGACAGUAUGGGGAAAUAUUUUCCUGGUCUGGUCAGUCAGGUGAUAAACCUGGGAUCCAAACUGAAGCUGAUGUAGAGUUUGUGGACGGAUUCCAGAUCAACUCAACAGUGUAUCUGUUCUCCAACGUGGCAUCACGAGUCCGUCUGAUCUGGCUUCAGGCUGAAACCAGUAAAACUGAGACUCUGAAGUCUCUUCGUGGAGCGACUCUCAGUUCCUCUGGAGGUGAAGGCAGCAGACUGCUGGCCUCCUCGRUCGUCYCAGGUGGACAGCAGGUCCUGUGGAGUGGAGUGUUCAGUGUGGAUAAAGGAGGAGAAAACACUGAGCUGCUGCUGUUUGACAUCAGUCCUGAUCUCAGUAGGGAGAAGAAUGAAGAUCCAGACUUUUUUUACACAUCAAAAAGUACAAAUUCCUGGUCAGGACCAAAUAAUCUAAAACCAAAGGUUGUUCUUCUGAAACACAAUGACAUGACCUCUGUGUUGGCGAUGAAGCAGAAGGCCUGGAUGGUGUUCUUCAUUGGAACAGCAGACGGUUUGCUUAUGAAGCUUGCUGUAGACAGGAACUUUAAGCCCACCUGUCCAGAGAUUCUCUACAGACAGAGUGAAAAACGCAAAGUGUUUCCCAAAAUCCAUCUGGAUCAAGUGGAUCAGAACCAUGUGUAUUUGCAGCUUAAAAAUAAGAUUGAUCGUGUUCCAGUGUCGAAGUGUAGCACUCACAGAAAUGUGAGGGCUUGUCUGUUUGCACAGGAUCCCCUCUGUGUUUGGUGCGUCUCUGAAGACAGCUGUACAUUUGAGGACCACUGCACAGACUCAGAGUGGUUGUCAAUCCCUGAUGAAGCUCAACAGGAAAUGACUUCCCACCGAGUUGUGAAGGAUUCCAGUGGAAUGGUCAAAGUAAUGAUUCAGACACACCUGACUGUGCCGCAGAAGGUUCAAUCUAACUUCACCUGUGAAUUCUCUUCAAAUUCUAGUCAGAUUUGUAGGCAACAGGAGCUUUUAGCACAGUUCCCCCAAUGCACAUGCAUCCUUAUCGACACUCUUCUUACUGAUGUCCUGGAUGUCACCAUAAAGAUCAACAUUGGGAAAUCUGAGCUGACAGAGCAAAGAAAACUAAUCAACUGUUCAAGUGUUCAUGGACAACCAAGUUCCUAUCUGUGCCGACAUUGUAUCAGAUCUGGGUGCCAAUGGAUGGAUAGCAGCUGUUCCUGGGCCAGUGAACUUACUCACAAUACUCAGAAGGACGUUUGCCUGGAGAUGGAAGCUGAGAUGAACAUUUCUAUGCCAGAUGUCAUCUCCAUUACACCUAGCGUUGUGUCUCUGUAUGGGAAAAACCAUGCUUUGUUGUCAGGUCAUAACCUGAGCAACGUGAUCGGAGUGAGAAUCUCGACACCCAUGGACUGUAGUCCUCAGGAAUCUUCUGUGUGGAACAACACUGGUGUCAGUUUGACCUUUCACAUCCCCACCACUGAAACUAGGAGAGUGGUCAAAGUGUGUGUUCUUCUGCCUGAUGGUAGUUGCCACGGAAACGCUACAAUCACCUUUCAGCCGUUACCAGUCUGCACUGACAUAGUACCUCGGAGCAGCUGGAGGAGUGGGAAGAGGAAGGUCAAACUCAUUGGGACCCAUCUGGAGUUUGUGGAUGGGCUGAUGCAGAGCCACUCCCAGCAGCAAGUGUUGCUUCCCAGGAACAGCAGCAGUGAGAAUCUCACCUAUGAUACGCCUCCAGCAGAAAACAGUCAGAUUUGCUGCAGCACUGUUUUUCUGAAAGUAGCCAAUCAAACAGUGGCCUGUUUGGUCAAACUAACAUACUAUCCUGAUCCAGAGUUUACCAGCUUCACUACAGAGAGGCAGGGAAAUGAUGCCCGUGUUGUUAUUCACAAAAGUUCAGAUAAACUGGAGAUGACAGCAGCAGAGUUGCUUGUGUGGGGCAUUGAGGGUGAAAAACAACAUCCCUGUGUCAAAGUCAAAGAAAACCAUAGCAAAACAGACUCCUUUAUCUGUGACAUCCAAGGAGUUAACAAUACUAACUUUAGGGCUAUAAAGAUUAAAUAUGGUGACACAACUGUGUGGAUGCAGACUUUGACUUCAUUGCAUCUGUGCCUUCUGAUUCUACAUUUUCUUCUCAAGUGUUCUAUUCUCACUGGGCUGGUUGUUUUCUGUCGGUGGCAAAAGAGACAAACAAGCUCUGAUUACUGACCAUUUCUCAGCCAUAGGAUCACUGAGGACAAGUAUUGAAUGUGCACAUCUUGAUCUUUGCUUUGUCCUUACAUUUUUAGACUUUAGUUUCUUCUAACAUUCUUCUGUAUCAUUCAAAUAUAUCCACCCUGAACUGUAAGUGAACUAAAUGGCUGAAUAGGGUGUCUGGGAGUUGUUGAAUUGCCUUAAGACUGAAAGGACUAGCUAUAAAAAUACAACAACAAAAAAUCUCCAGAAAGUCAUGUAUUACAAUUUGUGUUACCAUACCAAUGUUGAUGCCACAACUCUACACAACUGUUAAUACGUGGCCCACUGUCCCUUUCAGUUAGUGUGUUGCUUUCUAUGAGUGGAUGGACCAGAAACUCCUCCAGUUUAAUGAAGAAAACAAAGUUGCCAUUGUUUUGAGUCCUGAAAAUCUGCGGUUAGAAAUCAACACUCCAUUAGGCAUUAUGAGGAUUAAAACAACAAAGAAUAUAUGCCUAUGUAGUUACGUUUAUUUGAAAAGCGUUUUACUAAAUUGGCCAACUUGAGUAAUAAUUAAUAGUGUUAGGAAUUUUCUGAGAAAUGCAUAGAGGAAAAAAUGGUGAGUGCUUUAAUUUUUAGUAUAAAAUAUUUUAAUUUCUGUGAAGAGUCACAUAGCUGCAGGACAUCCAGAAUGCUGCUGCCACAGUCCUGACCAACAACAGGAAGCUGGAUCAUAUGAUUUCUGAGUCAUUGAACUGGCCCACUGCUUGGAAAAUGGUAUAUUUUUAAAUUGCAUGAUUGAACUAGACCAGUCAGGAGUGAAAAUAUUGACAGAAGCUUGUGUCUUAAAUUGUAAAAAUGUUUUUUGUUUGUUUGUUUUGUUUUUUGGUAUUUUUCAUCUCAACUUAGCUGUUUAUUUUCUUAAAAAUAUAUUUUUGUGACUUUUUUCCAUACAAUUCUUACAAUUCUUAAAAUUGUACAGAACUUUUUAUCACCUUGUGUAUGAAUGGUGGUAUUGGAGACCUGCCCACAGUGUACCACUAGCACUCCUCGUGAUCCUGAAAGAAUGAGUGUGAUGGAUGAAUAGUGGUAUAUAAAUAGUUUUCAGCAAUGGAGCUGGAAAAUUUGCAUCCGUUGCCCAGGCUAUAUUUUCAAUUAGUUUUACACUUUUUAUUGAUAAAGAGUAAUGUAUUGACUAAAGUCCACAAAGCCUCUUUAUUUCCCAUUAUUCUUCCUGUUGCUUCACUCCAUUCUUCUGAUAAUUUUUUUUUUUUUUUUAUUUCAUAACCCAAUCCUUGCUUUAUGGUGAAUCUUUACAAUUUAAAAUAGUUCAAGUGUAAAUACUGGCUUUAUUAUUUGAUGAAAUUGAUUCAUUCAAUAAAAGCAAUUAGAUGUGGCGGCAAUACAGUGCACUGUUAACACAUCUGCAUCUGUUGCUCAAAUAAGGGAGAGGAAUUUUGUUUUGGCCCUAGAGUGAAGGGCAUUUUUCUUCAUUUGACUUGAUGAAAUUGGCACAUAGAACUUUCUAAACUUUCACGAUAGCAGACAGGUCAACACAGCAAACCAAAAUAGUCCUGUUCAGCAAUGCCACCUUAAAGUGAAACUUCUAUUAUAUCACUAAAUUUCACUCUUGGAUGGCAAAUUGAUUUGGCAAUUGAUCCUCAUAUCAUUUUCAAUACCUGCACUAGAUUGUCAAAGAAGAACACAAUUAUUUUAUCUCUAUCUGAAAAUGACAUUUUGAUUCUAUCAGACCAUAUUACCAAGAUGCAAUUGUAUUUUUGGCAGAAUUCUUGCAAGCUAUGCUUAAAUUAUAACACAAACAGCAAAAACUGAUAAGUCACAGGAAGACAAAUAUCAGCUAAACAAAUACAAAAACAUACAGAAAUACUGUUAACAAAAGAAAAAUCAUGUUUGUCAACUUGUGGACAGAUAUCUCACAAACAACUUUCUAAUUUGGAAAUAAAAGGUUUAGAUUUAACACAAGGCUUGAUAAAUGAUCUUCUAUUGUAUAUUACAUUAAAUACAUGUAGAUUUAGUAAUGCAGAAUAAAAGUUUCUGCCCUCCCAGUGCAGUUCAUGGUACAAAGUGAAGCCUGAUUUUACCAGUCUACAAUGUUUAUAUGCCACUUGUAAUAUUGAUUAUAAACUCUUUCUUAAAUGGUAUUUGUCACGAUCCGUGUUUCUGUGUAUUUAUAUUUAGGGUUUUUUGUGUUCAGUUUCUGUCCUUUGUGUCUCUGUCUCUGCGUCUUCCCCGUUGAUUGCUUCCCAGGUGUGUCUCGUUCCAUUGAUUAGCCCUGUGUGUAUUUAAGUCCUUGUUUUUGUCAGUCUCAGUCCUCACAGACCUGGUUAAGUCCUGUGUCGGUGUCAGCUCUCGUCUAUCAGUCCUCUAUCAGUUGCUACCGGUAUUAGCUGUGUGCUAAUUCUCUGUCGUGCCGCCUGGUUUGACUGUUUGAGCAUCUUCAUCAAUAAAUGUAUAAUUUCAUCUACAUCCUGGGUCUACAUGCGUCUCUAUUCACCACCAACCACCACUCCAUAUGACAGUAUUAAGUCAUAUAAAAUCCUA